AUGGAAAUUUCGGAUGACCAUCUUAACACUAAAAUGAUAAAUGUUUUUCUUGAUGAUGGAAUUGAUGUGCUGAUGUUUGGAAUGCUUGCAAUGUUGAAAUCAUAUAAUUACUAUGAUAAAGGGGAAGAAAGACUAGAGAUAAGGAUGUCGGUUUCUAUUAUUGUCAAAAAUCGGGUUACUUCGACAUUACUCUAUCUCCUGUUGUUGCAUGUCGUCGAUGUUCUUUCUAGGUUUUUGGCCACUCUCUCGCAAGAAAGAGCUUUUCCCCUGAACCAUCAGAUUGAGUUGAGUCAACUCAGAGAUAGAGAUAGUUUAAGACACAGUAGGAUAUUAAACAAGUAUUAUGAUCCACGGGGUGGUGUUGCAUUCGCUAUACUAGGAACUUAUGAUCUUCCUGUUGUUUGGUGGCAUUAUAUUAUAAAUUUGGAGAGCAUUUCGGUCAAUGGUCAAACAUUAAUAUUUUCACUAAAUUACAACAAGGGGAACAACAAGUAUACCUUAUGCUGCAUGACCCUACAAGCACCCCAACAUGUUCUCAUAAUGGGUGCACUUACAAUCUCCACUUUAAAAAUGGGAUUUGGCUAUAGCACAUUUGGAACUAGACACUUCAUUAAAACUAACCGACCAGUUGAUGGGGUUUUGGGUUUAGGUCAGCAAGGUAUAUAUGUCAUUUCCGAAAUUUCUUCACAAGGGAUUGCACCAAAUUCAUUUACACAUUGUCUUGCCGGUGAUGGAGGUGGGGCUUUUGGUCCUUGGUACACCAAUCAUGCCUGA